ACCCAUCAAACAUUGGUAUUCCAUCAAACAUUCAAUGCUCGCUUCAUUUUGAGGCAUGCACAUGGCUCAAAAAUUGACUUCAAUGUUACCCACUCUUUUCAAUGCUAUUUCCUUACCUUUUGAUCACUCUCUCCUCUCCUCUCACGCCCAUUUUUCUCUGAUGAGAGAAAGUCAUCUUCCAUUUCAGUCCCUCUUCUCUCUCACUCCAGUUUCCCUGCUAAAAAAUCAAAAGCCUCCAUAAAUUCAACUCAAUAUCUCUCAAAAUCUAUGAGUAAAAACACCAAAUAAUACAUCUUUCUGAAUCAAAGAGGCACAUUUGAUUUUGUAUACGAAUCUCAAUUUCAAUUUUCAAUCCUCUUCUUCAUUAUCGUCAUUUUAAGGAUUUUCCCCCACUCUCUUGCUAAUCACUGUUCCAUAACCAUCAUUCAAUCCAACAUUAUCCGAACUGCUUCAGAGUGAAGUGCAGCACCAAUUCUCAGAUCAACAAAAAUGCAUUUUCAUUAUGAAAGUGCAGGGUUAAUUAAAGACCUUAUAGGAUUGGAUCCACAAUUGAUUUUGAGUUUGCUUAUGAGAUGAAAGGGUUUUUAGCUGAAUAUGGAUGAUGUGUAACUUAGUUUAGCAAGUGGGCAUAUUUCUUGAAUCACGUUGUGGUUUACUAAGGUUCAGGUUCGUUUCUUUAGUCUUUGCUGAGGAUGUUUUAUAUGCUCUAGCAGGAUACCCGUGCAUAUGGACGGGUGAAUCAAAUAUGGGAAAAGUAAUAGAUGUGAUUGGUCACGUGAUCGAGAGGGAUAACAUCAGGGAAACUGAUAAGAAUGGCCAGAAGAGUAGGGUGAUUGAUCUUACUUUGGAGGAUUUAGAAAACAAUUAAAUUCACUGCUCAUUGUGGGGAGAUUAUGCUGACAAGAUGGUUGAAUCCUUAGCUACAUUCGACCACUCAUCCACGGUGAUAUUGAUAUUGCAAUUUUGCAAGCAAAGAAAGUAUAUGGGUGUCAUGGGUGUUGCUAAUUCCUUUUAUGGAAUAAAAGUCAUAUUGAAUGGAAAUUUACCAGAGAUCGACGAGUAUAAGAAGAAGAUGAAGAGUGCCGCAAUUCAGUUAACUCAAGGUGUGAGUCAAGUUUCCAUGCACAGCUCUAUGUCGUUGUCAGAUGAUCUGCUCAAAACAAAGAGGAUGAUGAUUGAAAAUCUGAUUGAGUCAAGUGAGCUUUGUCAUGUACCAAAUGGGGUAGAAUGGUAUUUUCGGUCAUGUACCAAUUGUGCUUCAUUGGUCACUAUAUUUGAAGUAAAGCUUUGUUGCAAGAAAUGCAGUACAUGCAAAAGCGAUGUACCCAUGUAUAUUCACCAUUUAAUUUUCAAAGGAAUGAAGAUACUCGUAACUGACGAGGAAGAAACAACUGUAAUGAGGUAUAUAGAUGUUGCAAUCAACUGUAAUGAGGUGGAAGAAACAACUAACCAUCUCUUCUUGCAUUGUACUAAGACUUGGAAGGUUUGGUCGAAAAUUCAAAUAUGGCUAGAUGUGAACUGUAUUAUCCCCGCUAAUUUGUUUGUUCAUUGGAGGUGUUGAGACGGCAUGGUACCAAAUACGAAAUAACUAAGAAGAGGAAUGAGGCUUAUUUGGCAUACUGUAAUGUGGGCUAUUUGGAGUGCUAGAAAUAAUGUUAUCUUUAACAAUGGCGGUAUAGAGGUGGAAGAAGUGGUGCAGGACAUUAAAAAGGUUAUCGUGGAUUUGGAGUUUAUCGAGGCUGAAAAUUCAACCGUGUUUGUUCUAUGAAUGACGGUGGAAUCUGAAGUGGUGCCUUGGAGUUUUAUGCGGGUGAAGGGACUGUUUUUCUGGGUGCUGUCAUACCUGCUGUUGCUUCUGGUGCGCGGUUGAUAGCAGCCAUGCCUUUGGUGUUUGUUUUGCUGCUGCUGUUGUGGUUGUUUUAGCAGGUGCGGCUCUGGUGCGUUGUUAGAUGUUUUGGCAGUUCUGUUGGUGAUGCUUCUAAUUGUAUUUUGUACAAUUUUUAGUUCCUGUUAUGUACUGUAAUAGGAUUAUAGUUUUUUUUUUUUUUUUUUUUUUUAUAUUGAGUUUUAGUUUGGUGGAGAGGUGCUGUCUUUUAUAAGGAACUCUUUAAGUGUACUCUUUUUUCUCCUUUGCGGAUUUAGUGCUCCUUGUGCUAGCCUUAGCCUUGCUUAAUAAUAUUUGCCGAUUAAAAAAAAUGUGUUUUUUUCUUUUCAGUAUUACAA